AUGGGCUCAUCAGAUCAUUUCAGAACUGAACACGGGGUCAUUGGACUUGUCACGGUAGUGUUUGCAGGCUUCGCAUCGCUACUAUACUUCUUCGACUUCUUCUUUGGCUCAAGAAUGGCUCGAACAAUCAUGGGAAUGCGCUGGCGUCAAAACCUCAAGUACUUCGACAUGUUCGUCUGCCAAGUCAUCCUCAUGCUCUCCGGCUUCGUCCUGACCGACGGUUUCGACGAUCUCUCAGUCAUGGGCCUCUGCUACAUCCAGAUCUCUCUUGCGUGGGCAGUAUCUAUCGGUAUGAUAGCAGCGUUUGUCUGGAACAGCGCCAUGGUCUUGAUGACAGCACAAUGGUUCCUCGUCCGUCGAGCACGACCCAACGGAGGCGUCGCCAACACCAACAACAGAAUGUGGCGGCUCGUGCGCUUCCGCCGUCGUCCUCGUCGUGAACCAUCGCCAGAGCCUACUGCGCAGGCUUACGAAAUGGGCUCGUCAUCAGAGACGUCUGAAACUUGCGGUCGGGGAACGGACUGA